AUGCCCGCUAGCUUCUUUCGCUCUCUACGUGCCCGUGUAGCUGCCGUAGAUUCGCUUUUAUGCGUGGGUCUGGAUCCACACGUGGCCGAAUUACCAGAACCCACGGCUGCCGCCGCACAGGCCUUUUGCAUGCAUCUCAUUGAGCAGACGCAUCAUGUCGCAGCUGCUUAUAAACCCAAUUCGGCAUUCUUUGAAGCCUUUGGUGCCGAAGGCAUCACGGCUCUGCAUACUGUAAUCAAGUCGAUUCCUGAGGGAAUUCCCGUUCUUCUAGACGCCAAGCGCGGUGAUAUCAGCACCACGGCAGCUGCUUACGCUGUCUCGGCCUUUGACAAGUUGGAAGCACACGCCAUCACGUUGGCCCCGUACAUGGGCCAGGAUUCCAUCGAUCCAUUUGUACGUGGUCGUCCAGAGCGUGGCUGUUUUGUCUUGUGCAAGACCUCAAACCCCAGUGCCAAUGACUUUCAAACGCUUUCCAUUGGAUCACGCACGUUGUUCGAAGAAGUCGCAGUCAAAUGCGAGCAGUGGAACUCUGAGGACAAUGUAGGUCUUGUUGUUGGAGCUACGGACGUUGAUGCACUUCGUCGUGUGCGUCUUGUGACGCCCAACUUGUGGAUAUUGGCACCGGGGAUUGGUGCACAGGGUGGCAAUUUGGAGGAAGCGGUGACUGCCGGUCUGUCGGCGGAUGGACUUGGUCUGCUAAUACCCGUCUCUCGUGGUAUCUCCAAGGCGGCUGACCCUAAGGAAGCUGCUGAGUCUUUGCGUGAUGCCAUUAAUGUUGCUCGAAGGAGUAAGGUGGCUUCUGCUAUGACGAUUGUGACCAACUCGACUGCCAACGACUUCAUUAAGUUUGCAUUGUCCUUUGGUGUACUUAAGUUUGGUGACUUCACUUUGAAGUCGGGACGCCAAAGCCCGUACUUUUUUAAUGCCGGUCUGUUUCGUACGGGCCGUGCACUUGGCCAACUCGGCAAGUUCUACGCACAGGCUAUCCAUGACAGUGGCGUGGAAUUUGACGUGCUCUUUGGCCCCGCCUACAAGGGUAUCACUCUAGCAGCAGCUGUAUCCAUCGCGUAUGCUGAUAUGUACGACGUCGAUCUUCCCUUUGCGUACAACCGAAAGGAAGCUAAGGAUCACGGCGAAGGCGGUGUACUUGUUGGUGCCGACAUGACGGGCAAGAAGGUUCUUAUCAUCGAUGACGUGAUCACCGCCGGUACUGCGAUUCGUGAAGCAUUUGCCAUUCUGAAGAAGACAAAUGCACACGUGUCGGGUGUUUGCAUUUCACUGGAUCGUCAGGAAAAGGUUUCAGUGGAGGAUACACGUUCGGCUAUUGACCAUGUGAAGGAGAAUUUUAACAUCCCCGUUGUCAGUAUCGCCACACUCGACACCCUCGUGAACUUUCUUGAGACAGUGGAUCCAGCCACUGACGCUAAUGCUUCAUAUUUGCCAGUUAUCCGUGCAUACCGUGCCGAUUACGGCGUGUCGAAGCAGUAG